GGGCGGAGCUCUGGAUGUGUGGCAGGUCGUCUACGUGCCUGAAAAAGUCGCUGUUUAGUGUGUCUCGGUUGGUUGAACAGUCUCAGGUAAACGCAUGUCUCCGUCAUGUCGGCAUUCACGUGAAGCCAACAGGAAAAAGCAGCUUUUACGCACAGCGCAGCGCAAAACCGACUCAAACCCCGCUGUUGUCUGAACAGCGUCGUUUCAAGCAAAGAAGUUCAGAGUUGUUCAUAAAUGAUUAUUUAUGGUCAAUAUUUGAAGAAGCAGGUUAGUGAUUAACUGGCCUUUGCCUGCAGCAGCUGCUCAGACUCCCAGCACGCAGGCAGCGAGCAGCUCGGUCACUCUAAUCCGCUCCACCAUGCAGUGCGUCCGGGCCAUGAGCGCUGUGAGCUCCCUGUGCAGGGCACGUCCCUGGAGAGCAUGGACACGAACCCAGAGCCACGCAGCAGCGGCGGCCAGGCUGGACCUCAGCGGGAUCUAUCCGCCCAUCGCCACCCCGUUCACCGCCAAGGAGGACGUGGACUACCAGAAACUGGAGGAGAACCUGCACAAAUAUGCCAAGAUACCGUUUAAAGGUCAGACCACCAGAGCCACGGUCCAGCUCACGGAGAAGAUGGCAGCGGCCGGAGCCGACGCCGUCCUCGUGGUGACGCCCUGCUACUACAAGGGCAAGAUGGACAGCCGCGCCCUGAUCCAGCACUACACAAAGGUGGCGGACAGCAGCCCGGUGCCGGUGGUUCUGUACAGCGUGCCGGCCAACACGGGGCUGGACCUGCCGCUGGACGCAGUGCUGCAGCUUUCUCAGCAUCCGAACAUCCUGGGCAUUAAGGACAGCGCAGGGGAUAUCUCGCGGAUCGGCCUGAUUGUUCACAAAACCAAGACGCAGGAAUUCCAGGUUCUCGCGGGCUCAGCAGGGUUUCUGAUGGCCGCCUAUUGUGUCGGUGCUGUCGGUGGAGUGUGUGCGCUGGCCAACGUUCUGGGCCCACAGCUCUGUGAGUUGGAGCGUCUGUGCUUGUCCGGGCGUUGGGAGGAAGCCAGAGUCCUGCAGCAGCGCCUCAUCGAGCCCAACGCCGCCGUGACCAGGAAUUUGGGAGUUCCCGCGCUCAAGCAGGCGAUGGAGUGGUUUGGUUUCCAUGGCGGCGCCUGUCGAUCACCUCUGCAGCCGCUCACGGAGGCCGAGGCUCAGCGGCUGAGGCGGGACUUCUCCUCCAACGGCUGGCUGUGAGGAGGAGGCCCAGAGUCCAUCAGUCCAUCAGUCUGUCUGUCCGUCUGUCAGUCAGUCUGUCAGUCUGUCAGUCUGUCUGUCUGUCUGU